AUGGCUACGUCGACCGUCGAACACUGCCCGAACAAGGAGAGGGACCGACUUUGGCGGAAGUCGACACCGACCUCGGGGACGGUCAUCCUAAUUGAGGCACCUCCCAGAUCCAUCGGAGCGGUGGUGCUGGGGGAUGGAAAGGACAGGCCCCGAUCCAGACGUCCACGGCCUGGGAUUGAAACCGGAUCUGUAGUAACACCUCAAGCACUGCGAUGCAGUGCCUUAGAUCGCUGCACCACUCGGGAGGCCGGUACUGUUCUUCUCUACAUUGAGAAUCUGCAUAUAAACCAUUUAACCAACCUGCAGGAGUUAAAUGUCAGGAUAAACAAUUUCCUCUCAAUACUCCUCCCAUCUUAUGCCAUCAACUUCACAGACUUCAGGAUGAUGGAUCUGCAUGCUAAUAACAUACAAACUUUUACCUAUGGGAACUCAACCUCUGAUACUGAUGUUACUAAAGACUGUCUUAAGGCACUAGAGGGUCUCAAUGUUGGGAAGCUACUGAUAGGACAUUUCCGCAGCAAAGUUAGGAUCAAUACAUCAGAUUUCAACUUUUUGGAUGGCCUGUGCCACAUCAACUUUCAGGAAAUAUGUUUACAUGUACAACAAACAACCCCACCCCAUAAACCAAAGUAUUUGUGA